AUGGUGUCUCUCAGGUCCCUUUAUGUACUUGCACUUCUUUACUUUGCAUCUUUUGCUUUCGCAGACCGUCGAGCCUUUCCAAGCCCGACAAGAAAAGAGAAUGCGACGCAUCUGUUUCAUGGAAAUGGAACACACAGCCAUCGACAUCCAGGCCAGCCAGAAGGCAUAGCGAUAAACAACCAGACUCGCAUCCAUCGCCCAAAAUCCUGGGAGCCGAAGAAAGUCGUAGUCGAUCAGGACAAACAAGUCGUGAUCAUCGCAAACACGUCAACGAUCCAGGAAAAUGAUCUUGGCCAGACCCCACAACUUACGAAACGGCAAUCAGCUGUAACACUCACAGCGAAAAGCACAUUCCUAGUGAUAGCACGCGAUGCUACAGUUGCGUACUCGGCGAAAUCAGGUCUCAACGACUAUGGCAUCGCAUUCGAAGUGUUCAUCGUUCCAGCAGGUGGCGCGACACUGCCCGUCCUGACAUCUCCAACGAGAGUGGGAAAUUAUGGCGGAAUUGUUAUUUUGUCGGAAGUCAGCUAUGCGAAUUCGGCGGGGGAGUAUGUUUCUGCGUUGACGGAUGCGCAGUGGAAUUCGCUGUAUGAGUAUCAGAGGACCUUUGGAAUCAGGAUGGUGAGAUUGGAUGUUGUGCCUGGUGCGGCGACGGGGACGAGGGUUUUGGGGAGUUGUUGUGACGGCACGGUGGAACAGCUUCUGGCUGUGAACGACACGUCUGCAUUUCCAGGAGCCGGGUUGGUCGUAGGCGCCACGUUGAGUACUCGAGGACUAUAUCAUUAUCCAGCCGCGAUUACCAAUGCCAGUUUGGCGACUGCUUUUGCGACGUUCAAGACGACAACUGGCUUCUUGACGAAUUCGGUUGCUGGCGUCAUCAAUAAAUUCAAGGACGGGAGGCAGCAGAUGGUGUUUUUCCUGGGCUUCGCAACAGAUUGGAGUACCACUUCCAUUUUGUUGACCCAUGCUUGGAUCCAUUGGGCGACGAGGGGGUUGUAUGCGGGGUAUCGAAGAGCCAUGCUCUCCACUCAAGUCGACGAUAUGUUUCUCACCACAGCCAUCUACAGCGGAGGACUGUUCCGUAUCGAACCAGCAGAUCUCGCUGCUCAUAUCUCGUGGAUGGCAUCCGUGAACGCAAAACUGCCCGUGGGGAGCAACUACACCAUCGAGGUUGGACAUAACGGGAAUGGAAAUAUCGGGAGUUCGUAUGACCUGGAUGGCCAGGAGGAUGGACUAGUCUGCGGAACUGGACCUAUUCAAUAUGAUUCUCAAGCGUCUGCAGCGGCAGAGUAUGUGAAGCCUCUUGGGACUGGAACCUCACUUUGGCCCUUGAAUGCUGGAAAUUAUUCAUAUAGCAAGGCGUGUGCAGUGCUAGAUCCGCUGCAGAAUUGGUGGGUGACUGAUAAGAAUCGGGAUGCCUUCAUGCACGUGUCUCAUACUUUUACUCAUGAGAGUGAGGAUGAGGCGACCUAUUUCGAUGUCAGUAAAGAAAUUACGUGGAAUCAAGCGUGGCUUGCACAGCUGGGAAUAAGUUCGGUGCCUCACUUUAGUGAGAAGGGUUUAAUACCACCUGCGAUCACCGGUUUACACAAUGGUGAUGCGUUGAGAGCUUGGUCUGACAGUGGCCUUGUGAAUGCGGUUGGUGACAAUACCAGGCAAGCACUGUUGAACCCUAAUAAUGAGCAUUGGCCGCUUAUCACCACAGCUUCUGGUGAUAAUUUUGCUGGAAUUAAUAUAACUCCUCGGUGGGCUUCGAACAUAUAUUACAAUUGCGACACAACUGCUUGUGACGUGGCCGAAUGGAAAGCCAUUGCUCAGGGAAGCGGUACUAUUACCGAUCUUCUCACUCUAGAGAAGGCCACAAACACUCGUCAUCUCUUUUCUCUCCAUCACGAUCCAUAUAUGUUCCAUCAAGCAAACAUGAGGCAAGCAGAUGUUCAAACAACCACUAUACCAGGCGGAGGAUUGACGGCCAAGAGUGGAAAAUGGAGUCUCCUGCAAAUGUGGGUAGAGACUGUACUUGGAGAGUUCGUCCGAGUUGUGAACUGGCCCAUCAUCUCCAGCAAGCACGACGACAUCGCAGCAUCUUUUUCUCAAAGAAUGACUCGCGACAAGUGCAAAUACAUCAUGACACUAAACAUCGAUACCUCGCAGAAGAUCAUCACAGGACUGACGAUCUCCUCCUCGACGAACAGCUGUACAGCUCCAAUCCCAGUAACUGUCCCUGGUAAGGUACGAGAUACUAAGGGCUUCGUUACAGAACAGCUGAAUACUCAGGAUCCUUUGACGAUAUGGGUUCCGUUGACGGGAAGCGCGGUGAGUCUGACAUUCAGUGUGCCAAUUUCGUGGUGA